CGAUCGGCUUUCUAUUCUAUUUUAUUUAUUUUUUUACAUUCUCACUGGGUUUUGCUUUCGUCUCAUGCAGCUUCUCAGGGCCUCGCAGAAAAGCCCCUCGGGCUCCCGAGAACAGGAGUGAGCGAGUAGGCCGCUUUGAUGAAACCUCCGCGCAGUCUUUCAUCCAUCCGGGUUGGAGGGCUUUCGAGAGGAAAUAAAAAGGAGUAGUGGAUGGGAACUCACAACACCACAGGAAAAAGCCAUUUUAGUUCGUCUGGUUUCGCCUCCCCCCCCCCCAACAUCGCGAGACCGGCCGCGAGAAAAGCGGAAGCGGUAUGUGUACAUCUGCGCAUGCGCCUGACAGAUUUUUUUUUUUUUUUUUUUUUAAAGGCGCGAAAUAAUUCAAAACUUUUUGCAGAGCUAGGAAGGUCCCAAGGUUUGCUCCUUGGGAAAGCUCGGUUGCUCUGGCCCGAUGGAGUCCGCGCACCGCAGCGCGAUUUCCCAGGCUGUGCAGUCACUGCACUGUGUCACUCUGUCCCUGCCUGCGAGCUCUGUAAGAGGAGGAGGCUCCGAGAAGUCAUGGGAGGGCGGCCUGGGAGAGCAGACCGGGCUUUGAAAAGCCAACUCUGGAGUCAGGGAGACAGCACAAUGGUUCUGCAAAAGACUCUCCUGCCCUGAGGCUCCGAGGUCCCAGGUUCAAUUCCCCAGCACCACUAUGAGCAGAACCUGAGCAGCGCUCUGAUAAAAAGAUAAAAAGCCAGACUUUGGAAAGCUGUCCAUGGUGGCUAAGUAAGGGAAUACAUCUCAAGGGUUAUGGUUUCUUGCACUGGCGACUAAGGAACAUUUACAGUAAGUUCAUGGACACCUGCUGGAAUGUUGGGUUCUGCCCUGCAACAUCAUAAAGAAAGCCAGCUGUGAGCCAGAGGGAAGCAGAAGACAGCUAUGAAUGCAUCCCCUGGCUCUGCUGGUGGUUUAUGGCAGGCUCCAAACUCCCAUGCCAGGACUCUUCCUGACCGAGAAGACCCAAGGAGACCAACCCCGAAACAAGUCUCGAUGAAGCACUGAGAGGGGAGAACUGAAUAUGGUUUUUGCGCACAGCAUGGAGACCAGCACACUGCCCCCUUCAGUCCGUCCCAUCAGCCUGAUGUCCCUUCAGAACCACAGCUGCCCUGAAACGGCCUUGCCUCUGCCCAGCCAUGACCCAGCGGAGCCGAGAGGGGCCCAAGUCUGGUUGAACAAUGCCACGGACCUGCCCUACAGCCUGAGCCCCGGGGAGGUGGCCGCUGCCAGCAUUUUCUUCGGGACCCUGUGGCUGUUCUCCAUCUGUGGCAACUUCCUGGUGUGCCUGGUCAUUCAUCGCAGCCGGAGGACGCAGUCCACCACCAACUACUUCGUGGUGUCCAUGGCAUGCGCCGACCUCCUCAUCAGUGUGGCCAGCACACCUUUCGUCCUGCUGCAGUUCACCACGGGCCACUGGACCCUGGGCAGUGCCCUGUGCAAAGCUGUGCGCUAUUUCCAGUACCUCACGCCCGGUGUCCAGAUCUACGUGCUCCUCUCCAUCUGCAUCGACCGCUUCUACACCAUCGUCUACCCGCUGAGCUUCAAGGUGUCCCGGGAGAAAGCCAAGAAGAUGAUCGCCGCCUCUUGGGUUUUGGAAGCCGCCUUCCUCACCCCUGUCUUUUUCUUCUUCGGCUCCAGCCGGGAUAGUCACUGCAACUAUUUUCUCCCUCCCUCCUGGGAAGGGACUGCAUACACCAUCCUUCACUUCUCGGUGGGUUUCGUGAUCCCGUCUGCCCUCAUCCUCUUAUUCUACCAGAAGGUUGUCAAGUACAUCUGGAGAAUAGGCAGUGAUGGCCGGACGGUGAGGAGGACGAUGAACAUCGUCCCAAGGACAAAAGUGAAGACCGUCAAGAUGUUCCUCAUCUUGAACCUGCUGUUUCUGCUCUCCUGGCUGCCUUUCCAUGUGGCUCAGCUGUGGCACCCACAAGAACAAGACUUUAAGAGAAGCUCUUUGGUUUUCACAGCUGUCACGUGGAUAUCCUUUAGCUCUUCGGCCUCAAAGCCCACCUUAUACUCCAUCUACAAUGCUAACUUCAGGCGAGGGAUGAAGGAGACAUUUUGCAUGUCCUCCAUGAAGUGUUACCGCAGCAACGCCUAUACUAUCACCACUAGUUCAAGGAUAGCCAAGAAAAACUACGUGGGUAUUUCAGAAAUGCCUCCCUCAGCCAAAAUGAUAACCAAAGACUCAAUUUAUGACUCGUUUGACAGAGACGCCAAGGAAAAAAAACUGGCUUGGCCCAUUAACUCAAACCCACCAAAUACCUUUGUCUGACUUCUUAGAAUUCUUUCAGUUGUUGUUAUGCACCAGAGAUUAAAAAGCUUUCACUAGAAAGACCGGGGCUAUUUUCUUAAACA